CAAAACCAAAUUUGUAUGCCUUUUUAUUCUUUUCAAGGUCAACAGUGCCAGAAAUUCAACAUAGGAUUAAAUGACCGAAGUAAGAUUUCAGACGACCAAUUCACAGCUUCAUCUUUCUUAAGUCCCGAGACAGCCCCUUUUCACGCCCGUAUAGGCGAUACGGAAGGUGAGGGAUGGUGCGCCCAGGAAAGGAGAAAUAAUGAGUAUCUCCAGGUUGAUUUGAGAAGAGAUUAUGUCGUGUGUGGUGUUAUAGUACAGGGUGGAAUUCACGGGAACGUCGACUCAUUCGACCUGGAAUUCUCUACUGAUGGCAGUUUUUUUAGUCCAUAUUCUAAGACUUUGGUCAGAGUUAACCAGCUGGAAGAAGAGGCUGAGUUUCACCCUCUGGGGCCAUAUCCAGUUGGAAGAUAUGUUCGUUUAUAUCCCCGAAAAAUCCGAAACUUUCCGUGUGCCCGACUGGACCUGUACGGUUUUCCAGGUCCCAAGGUGACAUGUACGCCACAAUACAUCAUCGCCGAAUUCAAGAAAGCGCAUUACCCAGGUCUUGAAGCUGAAGGAAUGCAUCUGAAAAAUACAAGCUGCUUGGCAGAUGACGAAAAUGCCACUCACAUUCUCUUCAAUAUUCCUCUGCGGAACUGCGGGACAGAGAGAAUCCUUCUAAAUGAUAGUUAUAUACAGUACUCCAACGAGAUUAUCCGUCGCAUAACUGGUGUUGGGAUUUCUUAUAAGAUGGACAUGUUCUUUCCAAUCAACUGCAAAUAUGACAGAAGAGAAACAGUGGGCGACAUAAGGAUUGAACUUCCAGCUACCACAACCGAAGCCCCAACGUCCUACGCCACCACGCUGAAGCCGCUACAGCGAAAGAUUUCUUUCAUCGGUUGGUUGGUUACCUUGUGGAUCUCAGUUUCCGGGCUGUUGACCCUCUGGUAUUAAGUUUUGCAUUUGUCUGGCUAACAGGUUCAAGCGAGAUAGCAUGAAGACGACUCCCUUAGCCGUCGUAUAUUAAAGAACAUAGACUUUGA